ACGAUGGGAGACAUCUUCUGUGAGGAGCUCGAGGACUUGGUUCACUUCUCAGUGCACGACCUGCCGACACGAGGCUAUGUCGUCAUGGAGGAGAUCCGACGUCAGGGGAAACUCUGUGACGUCACGCUCAAGGUGGGGGAUCAUAAGUUCAGCGCCCACCGGAUCGUGCUGGCGGCGUCGAUCCCGUACUUCCACGCCAUGUUCACCAACGACAUGGUGGAGUGCAAGCAGGACGAGAUCCUGAUGCAGGGCAUGGACCCCAGUGCUCUGGAGUCUCUCAUUAACUUCGCCUACAGCGGUCACGUCGCCAUCGACCAGCAGAACGUUCAGAGUCUCCUGAUCGGCUCGAGCUUCCUGCAGCUGCAGAACGUCAAAGACGCCUGCUGCUCCUUCCUGCAGGAGAGGUUACACCCUAAGAACUGUCUAGGCGUGCGUCAGUUUGCAGAGACCAUGAUGUGCACCACGCUGUACGACUCCGCCAGCAGCUUCCUGCACCAGCACUUUGUGGAGGUUUCCUUAUCGGAGGAGUUCCUGAGUCUGAGGACGGAGGAGGUGCUGGAGCUGGUGGGCUGCGACGAGCUCAACAUCAAAGCAGAGGAACAGGUGUUUGAGGCGGUGCUGGCCUGGGUUCAUCAUGACCGGGACCGGAGGGAGUCUCUGCUGCCGGAGCUGCUCUCUAAGAUCCGGCUGCCGCUGUGUCGACCUCAGUUCUUAUCGGACCGAGUCCAGCAGGACGAACUGGUACGCUGCUGCCAUAAAUGCAGAGAUCUGGUGGAUGAAGCUAAAGAUUUCCACCUGAUGCCGGAGCGCCGUCCUCACCUGCCCACCUUCAAGACCCGGCAGAGGUGCUGCACGUCCAUCACAGGACUCAUCUACGCUGUGGGAGGACUCAACAGCUCAGGUGAUUCCUUAAACGUUGUUGAAGUGUUUGAUCCAAUCGGGAACUUCUGGGAGCGAUGUCAGCCAAUGAGGACGGCUCGUAGCAGAGUGGGCGUGGCCGUCAUUAAUGGGCUGCUGUACGCGAUUGGAGGAUACGACGGCCAAUCGCGGCUCAGCACUGUGGAAGUUUACAACCCCGAGACGGACAGCUGGACCCGAGUGUCGAGCAUGAACAGCCAGCGCAGCGCCAUGGGAACGGUGGUGAUCGAUGGAAACAUCUACGUGUGCGGCGGCUACGACGGGAAGUCGUCUCUGAACUCGGUGGAGUGUUACUCUCCAGAAACCGACAGGUGGACCGUGGUGACGGAGAUGAGCGCCAGUCGGAGCGCCGCCGGCGUCACCGUGUUCGACGGACGCAUCUUUGUCUCCGGCGGCCAUGACGGUUUACAGAUAUUCAACACGGUAGAGUAUUAUAACCACCACACUAACCGCUGGCACGCGGCGGCAGCCAUGUUGAAUAAGCGCUGUCGCCAUGGCGCCGCUGCACUCGGCAGUCACAUGUACGUCGUCGGCGGUUACGACGGAUCGGGCUUCCUGAGCGGAGCCGAAGUGUUCAGCUCGGCGACGGCUCAGUGGAGCCACCUGCUGGCCAUGAACACGCGGCGCAGCAGAGUGUCCCUGGUGGCGACGUGCGGCCGGCUGUACGCGCUGGGAGGAUACGACGGCCAGUCCAACCUCUGCUCCGUGGAGACCUUCAGCCCCGACAGCGCGCGCUGGAGCUUCCUGUCCCCCAUGGUGAGCCACGAGGGCGGCGUGGGCGUGGGCUGCAUCCCGCUGCAGCCCGCCUAGCGCCGCUACCGAGGAGGCCCCGCCCUCCUGUGGCCGCACCACGACGCUCGCCGCUCACGCCUGAGGGAUUCUGGGUAAAGACUGUAGGGUUAGCGUUGAGCUAACUGCUAGCGUUGAGCUAACUGCUAGCGUUGAGCUAUUAGCGAGCGUGUGCCGAUCGAUUUUAUUGAUUUUAAAACACAGCUGCUGAAUUUAAAGAGGACGAAUGCUCCGAUGUGUUUGACUGAGCGCCGCCUGCAGGCCGCACAUCAC